GGGGCCUGGCGGGCCUUUCCCGCUGCGGCGUCGCCCGGGUGGCUGUGCGGCGCGGCGCGGCGGCCCGAGCAUCAUGACGUCCGCCCUGGAGAACUACAUCAACCGAACCGUGGCAGUGAUCACUUCCGAUGGAAGGAUGAUCGUGGGAACACUGAAAGGGUUUGACCAGACCAUUAAUUUGAUUUUGGAUGAAAGCCAUGAACGAGUGUUCAGCUCUUCACAGGGAGUAGAACAAGUGGUGCUAGGGUUAUACAUCGUAAGAGGUGACAAUGUUGCAGUCAUUGGAGAAAUUGAUGAAGAGACAGAUUCUGCGCUUGAUUUGGGGAAUAUUCGAGCAGAACCUCUAAACUCUGUAGCACACUGAGGAAGAAUUACAUACAUUGGACAUAC